AUGUACAUGUACUCAGAUCUUAUAAAACAUCAUAGAAUACAUACUGGGGAGAAAGCUUACACAUGUGAAAAAUGUGGAAAAGCUUUUAAUCAGUCAUCAAAACUCAUUCAACAUCAGAGAAUUCAUACUGGGGAGAAACCUUACACAUGUGAAGAAUGUGGAAAAGCCAUUACUCAGUCCUCAAGCCUCAUAAAACAUCAUAGAAUUCAUACUGGGGAGAAACCUUACAUAUGUGGAGAAUGUGGAAAAGCCUACUCAAGCCUCAGGAAACAUCAUAGAAUUCAUACUGGGGAGAAACCUUACAUAUGUGAAGAAUGUGGAAAAGCCUUUACUCAUGCCUCAAGCCUCAUGAAACAUCAUAGAAUUCAUACUGGGGAGAAACCAUACACAUGUAAAGAAUGUGGAAAAGCCUUUACACAUGCUUCAAGCCUCAUGAUACAUCAUAAAAUUCAUAUAGGGGAGAAACCUUACACAUGUGAAGAAUGUGGAAAAACCUUUACUCAGUCCUCAAGCCUCAUUCAACAUCAGAAAACUCAUACUGGGGAGAAACCUUACACAUGUGAAUAA